UGGAUAUAUUUGGGACCUAUCAAAUGUUCGAGUUCCAUAUGCAAGUUGUGUGACUUCCCUAGGUUGGACUAUUAAAUAUAUAACAUGAAAACUUUGAACUAGACCAUCUUUCAGCCCCCUCUUCCUUUUUUUUUUUUAUAAUGUCUAAAUUCCAUGAUCCACUACCUGCCUCUUUCUACGCUCCAGUUUUUAAAUCUGCUGUCCAUCCCUAAAGGAAGAGCAUUUAGUGUUGAGGGUUCAAGUCUUUUUCAUGGUUUGAAAAAUUGGUAAUUUCAUAAAACUCUGAUUUUUUUUUCUCCUUUUAAUAACAGCAGAAGCCAAGCAGCAAACCUUGAAGAGAUGCUCUGUGGUGAAAGACCUUGAAAAGUUGGCACUUCUAGCCUAAGCUGCCAUCAUUCUGCUACUCACCCCAAGACGACCCAGGCUGGACAGUAGUGCUUCCCGCUUUGUUCCUCCAUGGUCAUCCAUAUCAGCACUUGACUGUUUAUUUUCAAAUCUCAAAACUCCAGUCCCCAGAACUUCAUAAUUUGCUUCUCGGCUGCUCUUGAAGGACAGUGAAUUAUUACCACAACAGCAGAGCCUGCCAUCCCCAGCAGAUCACCAGUACCUAUGACCUCAUCACCUCCUUUAUCUCAUUCUGUGAUCUCCUAAAUGCUCAUCUUUUUGGCCUGGGUUCAGUUGGUGGUAUGGAGGGGUGCUGCUUAGCACUGACCUGAGAGUGUGUGUGAGACCCACUGACCCAAUGGACAUCAAAGGCCAGUUCUGGAAUGAUGAUGAUUCAGAAGGAGACAAUGAAUCAGAGGAAUUUUUGUAUGGAGUUCAGGGGAGCUGUGCAGCUGACCUGUAUAGACACCCGCAGCUUGAUGCAGACAUUGAAGCAGUGAAGGAGAUCUACAGUGAGAACUCUGUGUCCAUCAGAGAAUAUGGAACUAUUGAUGACGUGGAUAUUGACCUCCAUAUCAACAUCAGCUUCCUCGAUGAGGAAGUAUCUACAGCUUGGAAAGUCCUUCGAACAGAACCUAUUGUGUUGAGGCUACGGUUUUCUCUUUCCCAGUACCUCGAUGGACCAGAACCAUCAAUUGAGGUUUUCCAGCCAUCGAAUAAGGAAGGGUUUGGGCUAGGUCUUCAGUUAAAAAAGAUCCUGGGUAUGUUUACAUCCCAACAAUGGAAACAUCUGAGCAAUGAUUUCCUAAAGACCCAGCAAGAGAAGAGGCACAGUUGGUUCAAAGCAAGUGGUACCAUCAAGAAGUUCCGAGCUGGCCUCAGCAUCUUCUCACCCAUUCCCAAGUCUCCCAGUUUUCCUAUCAUACAGGACUCCAUGCUAAAAGGCAAACUGGGUGUACCAGAACUUCGAGUUGGACGCCUUAUGAAUCGUUCCAUUUCUUGCACCAUGAAGAACCCCAAAGUAGAGGUGUUUGGGUAUCCCCCCAGCCCCCAGGCAGGUCUCCUGUGCCCCCAGCACGUGGGCCUCCCUCCCCCAGCACGGACUUCUCCUUUGGUCAGUGGUCACUGCAAGAACAUCCCCACUCUAGAGUAUGGAUUCCUUGUCCAGAUCAUGAAGUAUGCAGAGCAGAGGAUUCCAACAUUGAAUGAGUACUGUGUGGUGUGUGAUGAGCAGCAUGUCUUCCAGAAUGGGUCCAUGCUUAAGCCAGCUGUCUGUACUCGUGAACUAUGUGUCUUCUCCUUCUACACACUGGGAGUCAUGUCUGGAGCUGCAGAGGAGGUGGCUACUGGAGCAGAGGUGGUAGAUCUGCUGGUGGCCAUGUGUAGAGCAGCUUUGGAGUCCCCUAGAAAGAGCAUCAUCUUCGAGCCUUAUCCCUCUGUGGUGGACCCCACUGACCCCAAGACUUUGGCCUUUAACCCGAAGAAGAAGAAUUAUGAGCGGCUUCAGAAAGCUCUGGAUAGUGUGAUGUCCAUCCGGGAGAUGACCCAGGGCUCAUAUUUGGAAAUCAAGAAACAGAUGGACAAGCUGGAUCCCUUGGCCCAUCCUCUUCUGCAGUGGAUAAUUUCUAGCAACAGGUCACACAUUGUCAAACUACCUCUCAGCAGGCAGCUGAAGUUCAUGCACACCUCACACCAAUUCCUCCUGCUGAGCAGCCCUCCUGCCAAGGAGGCUCGGUUCCGGACCGCCAAGAAGCUCUACGGAAGCACCUUUGCCUUCCAUGGGUCCCACAUUGAGAACUGGCAUUCAAUCCUGCGCAAUGGGCUGGUCAAUGCAUCCUACACCAAACUGCAGCUGCAUGGAGCAGCCUAUGGCAAAGGCAUCUACCUGAGCCCCAUCUCCAGUAUUUCCUUUGGAUACUCAGGAAUGGGCAAAGGACAGCACAGAAUGCCUUCCAAGGAUGAGCUGGUCCAGAGAUAUAACAGGAUGAACACCAUCCCCCAGACCCGAUCCAUUCAGUCAAGGUUCCUGCAGAGUCGGAAUCUAAACUGUAUAGCACUUUGUGAAGUGAUUACAUCUAAGGACCUUCAGAAGCAUGGGAACAUUUGGGUGUGCCCUGUGUCCGACCAUGUCUGCACAAGGUUCUUCUUUGUAUAUGAGGAUGGGCAGGUGGGCGAUGCCAACAUUAAUACUCAGGACCCCAAGAUACAGAAGGAAAUCAUGCGUGUGAUCGGAACUCAGGUUUACACAAACUGAGGGGGCCCCAGCCCUCGUACCACCCUGUUCCCCCAGGAUCCAUCUGCCCUUGUAAAAGGGCUCAGGAGCAGCAGGUGAGGCUGCCCUGAGAAAUUUCAAGGGCCAAGAAAAGGAUAGAAGAGGCAGCCUUCAUGGUGGAGAUUGAUCCAGGAACUUCUCCACAUUUGGAUGGCCCUGACUGACUCCCACCCCUGAUUUGCCCAGUUGACUUCACCCUGUUUGUAAAUAAAACAAUAAAAUGGAAGGUGCUGUGGACUGGA